GCUGGCAUCAGGGUUAAAACAACAUGUCUGUAAUUGGUUGGUUGCCUUCUGACCCUAUAUAGCACAUAAGAGAAGAGCGGACUCCCGGCCUCCCGCCACUUUUAAUUCUUGUUUCGUCACGGGGACAUUAGGAGCCAUACUUUUGAAUAUUAUGUACUUUAGAGCUCAGUCGAAGUUCCAAAAGACUUGACCAGUGCAACUAGAUCUAUGUGCUUUCCCGAAGGAAGACUAAUGGCCAGCAAAACGAAUUUUAAUGGUUGCAGAGCAGAUCGGAGAAAGGGAAAAGAAGCCAACAGCAAUCACGUCUCUGUUGCUCAGAUGAUAGAAGGACAGUCUCCCGUUUCUUCAGCUGCCCAUGAGAACGCAAGAUACAACAGAGCUGACGUUUGUGAAUGUGUGGCCCGGACUAUCGGUUGCCAAAAGCCCUCGCCUCGUACUGUGGGAGGGCCUGGUCAGAUCCUACAUGGAGUGUGCUCACGUCUGUCAGUCCAACCCCUGGUGUCUUUAUGUGUCUUACACGUCCGACACCAGAAUGUGUACGACCUUCAAACGUGGCCUGAAAGAUAAAAUCUUGGUGGUGGACAACUUUGGGCUAGUAGCGAUGAGACUUCAUGCUCCUGAGUCGUACCAACAUUCUGAUUCAUCUUUCUUGAAUUAUACCAAACAACCAUAGUUCGUGUUCCGAGUCAUACCGAGAACUGUCUCCCUAAUCCAAAAGGCUCAUUUCAAAUAUGGCUGACGAACGGAAUAUGAAAUAAAAUAGAAUGUUUAUAAGUUGAAA